CCCUUCCCAUCUCCAUCUUUUCCAGCAGAGCUGCAGGUUUUCCAGCUGCUCCAGACCAGUCCCUUUGUCAACAUCAGCUCUGCUGAGGUGUCCAGGAUGGCUCUCCUUGGAGACGUGCCCAUCUUUGCACUGAAUCCAGCCAACUGCAGCAUCUACUUCCACUGGCCCUGGGUCUGCCAGGCCACAGCCAAGGGUGAUGCAGGGAAGAUCAAGUCCCACUCCAAACUCUUUCUGUGCAAUAUGGUCCGAUAUGUGCAUGGAAUGGACUGGCAGGCACAACUGCACAACCCCAGCCAGAGCCCCUACCCAUGCAUGGUCCAGAUGCGUGCAAGCUGUGUGCUGCACCCCAACAGGACAAGAUGGGGCUUUUUGGAUGUUGGAGAGGGCAACAGAGACCUCAUAGUUUUCAAGGUGGAGAGGGAGUGGUGGGAGCCCCGGCAGCCACCCCCACUAGCAGAGCUGGUCAGCAAGUUCCUCACCUGCAAGAAGGCCAUCACAGGGCUUCUGGAGCACCUCUUCUCCGUCUCCUGCCAGAGCCACAUCCUCACCCUGUGCAGGUAUGGGAAGGCAGCUCUGGAGAGACAAGUGCCACCUGUGGCGACAGUCUCCACCCGCACGCCCAGCCAGCACCUGCUGGUUUGCUGUGUCACCAGCUUCUGCUUGUGGUCCUUCAGCAUGGCCUGGCUGCGGGAUGGUCAGGAGGUGCCUCUGGGCCCAGCGCUCAACACCAGCUCCAUCCUGCCCGACACUGACCUCACCUACCAGCUCCGCAGCAUGCUGGCCGUGGUCCCCAUGAUGAGCACAGCUACGCCUGCUGCGUGUGCCAGCCACUGCAGCCUGGGGACCCACAGCCUCCUCAUCCCAUGGGAAAACCUCAGCGCAGCUCCAAUCAUCAGCAUCAUCAUCACAGUGCUGCUCUUGGUGGCCACAACCUCUGCCGAGGAGUUUUGGUGGUAGAAGCAUAG